AUGGCCGUCCCUAUUGCGGUUCUUGACUGUGACCUCCUGCUCUAUGGCCGCGGGCACAGGACUUUGGAUCGCUUCAAGCUGGAGGAUGUCACGGAUGAGUACCUGGUGUCCACGUACGGCUUUCCCCGACAGUUCAUUUACUAUCUGGUGGAUCUCCUGGGAGCCAGUCUGUCCCGCCCCACGCAGCGGUCCAGGGCCAUCAGCCCGGAGACGCAGAUACUUGCUGCGCUGGGUUUCUACACCUCUGGCUCCUUCCAGACUCGCAUGGGGGAUGCUAUUGGCAUUAGUCAAGCCUCCAUGAGCCGCUGCGUUGCCAAUGUAACCGAUGCUUUCGUGGGAAGGCAGUUUAUUCACUUUCCGAAGGAUGAAGCCACCGUACAGAGCCUGAAGGAUGACUUUUACGGGCUGGCAGGCAUGCCGGGGGUGCUGGGGGUGGUUGACUGCACCCACGUGGCAAUCAAAGCGCCGAACGCUGAGGACCUGUCCUAUGUGAACCAUAAAGGUCUCCAUUCCCUGAACUGCCUGAUGGUCUGCGAUGCCAGGGGAGUCCUCCUGAGUGCAGAAACGCACUGGCCAGGCAGCCUGCCCGACUGCACAGUGUUACAGCAGGCAGCUCUCACAAGCCAGUUUGAAACUGAGCUACAUAAAGAUGGCUGGCUACUUGGUGACAGCUCCUUCUUUCUCCGAACGUGGUUGAUGACCCCACUGCAUAUCCCCGAGACACCUGCUGAAUAUCGUUACAACAUGGCGCAUUCUGCCACUCACAACGUCAUUGAGCGGACAUUCAGAACCAUUCGGUCGCGUUUCCGCUGCCUGGAUGGGUCCAAAGGCACCCUGCAGUAUUCUCCAGAGAAAUCCAGCCACAUCAUUCUGGCUUGCUGUGUGCUCCAUAACAUCUCCCUGGAGCAUGGGCUGGACGUGUGGUCUUCGCCGGCCACAGGACACAUGGAACAAUCGGAAGAAGAGUAUGAGCAAAUGGAAUCAAUGAACUCGGAAGCCUGUCGUAUUCGUCAGGAGCUUUUACUUACUCAUUUUAGCUAG